AAUCCGAAACUAUGGCUUUGCAGUAAAGUUAGCAGAUGACGUUUCCGGUUUGAGUCAGUUUCGAGUUGGAAUCGAGAAUGUAAUUUGAAACGCUGAUUACAUUAAGUUUCCAGUACGGGCUUCACCAUAGCACCAUUUAGGAAGAAAGUAUAUUUCUCUUCUCUAGCUGCAAAGUUUGAAAGAAUUUCAGAAAAUGAAUACCGCAAUAAAAGAACAAGGAGAAAUGUCUUAUCCAAGGCUGAAUACUGAGAGUGAUACCACAUUAGAGAAACCAGAUCUGGAACAACUCAGACAUGAUAGAUUGGAAAGGAACAUUGAAGUUAUGAAGGCAUUUAACCCUGCAAUUACUAAAGCACUUUUUCCUGGAGAGAAGAAAGAAGAAAACUGUUUAGAGCACUGUGCAACAUGCAUACAGAGGCAUUUCAGGGGCUACCAGGGGAGAAAAAAAUAUGUUGAGCUACUGUACCAACAGUUUUCUCAGCAAGAACAAGAAAGAUUUGAAAAGAUAAUGCGGCAAACAGAAGAAGGAGAAUUGUUAGUUGAAAAUCACCAGCUAGAAGUUUUGUUAGAUGACAAUACUACAACAAGAAGAAAUAGAGCUAGAAAAUAUAUAUCGCACGUAAUUACGAUUCAAAGAGCUUGGAGACGUUAUUGUAAUGCAAAGGACAAAAAACAAAUUGUUGAUUCAGAAGAAAAGGAUGGUGAUAGUGAAAAAAGUGUAAUGAAGGUGACACAUUCAAAUGAACCUUUGUUAGAUAAAAUUCUGAGUGACAAAUUUUCUAGAGAAUCAACUCCUGAUGACAGGGUUGCUAGAAGUUCUCUUUCACCCUGUCGGAAUAUUUUGUUGAACAAAUUGAAAAGUGACACCGACACAGAUUCAGUUUCUUCAGAUUAUAGUGUUGAAAUUUCAGCACCCUUAAGAGAAUUUUCUGACAUUCAUAUUUACGAUAAAAAUGAACUGACAGAUUCUUCUGUAAGUACUGGUAAGCUUGAGCGCAGAGUUAGGGAAACGGAGGAAGACUUCAGUAGACGUGUUAGGAAGACAAAUUUGCUAAGUAUUGCACAAGAAUUCGCAGAACUUAAAAAAGUGAAUGCUGACGCUUUACCGUUUGAUUUGCACAAAAGUCAAAACUUGGUAGAAGAAACUUCUUCUAGUGAAUGUAGUUCAGCUACAAGUUCAAAAAAUCCAUCCGAAAUGAAUACACCAUCAGAGGUCCGUAGCAAUCCAUUUCAGGAUGUAUCAGCAACUAGUGAGACAAAAACCAAAGAUCUAAACAGCAAUUCUAUCAAAGAAAUGCUAAUGAAUGAACGUAAAAAUAAGUCAUCUCCAAACCAAUCUCCAAAGAGGUCUGCUGUGAAUGGUCAGUUAAAACAAACAAAUGACAUAGAUGGACAGGACGACUUUGAUGUAUAUAACAUUGAGACAGCUAUUCCUCAGAUGGAUUGGGAUACCUUAGAACAACAGCUUCAGCAGGCUGCGGAGUUUGAAAGGAGGAAGAAAGAGUCCCAGAAAAAUGAUCGUGAAGAAAUCCGUAGAAAGCUGGCAAUGGGACCUGUUGAGGAUGACUUUGAAAGUGAAAUGUUUAAGAAACCAGGUUUUUCGUCCAAAUUACAGACUGGUAUGAACUUACAGAUCUGCUUCAUGAAUGAAUCUCAAGGGGACAAGGAGGAGACAUCUGUGUCAUUACCUGAUGUUGUUCCUGUCAUUUCAGAGACAAAAUCUGAUGUUAAAUCUACAGUAGAUAAUAAAGGAACAAUAAAUGAUGGAGAAGAGGAUUUCUUCAAGAAACAAGCAAGAUUGCAACAAGAAGCUAAAAUAGCAUUAGCACAGGCUAGUACUAUGGCUCAUAUGCAAGUAGAAGUAGAAAAACAGAAAAAGAAGCAAUCACCUGUAGCUGAUAUUAUUGGUCUCCCGUUUUCUAACCAUCAUAGAUAUGGUAAAUCUGUUUAUGAGAUGAAUGUAGGACAGUUACAGACACUGGUCAAUGACCUUCACACACAAAUAGAAAAUUUAAAUGAAGACUUAGUAAAAUUACUUAUGGAAAGAGAUGAUCUACAUAUGAUGCAGGAUUCUAAACUUGUAGAUAUAGAAGAUUUGACAAGGAGAGCUGAAGAAAAGGCAUACAGAAUUAACAAUAAACAACAGAAGGAAAAACUUUGACACCUAUUUCAAGUGUUAUCCAUGUCUUCCUGUCAUCUGACUUGCAGAGUAGUCUUAAUUGGACAUCAUGCAUCCAAUCAAAUGAUAGACCCACCACCAUGUGACUAUGUGCUUGGCAUGCAGGCCAUGUGAUAUUAUGUAUGCAAGUAGCUAUAAUCAAGAUGUGAUUAAAGAACAGGCAUAUGUUUCAAUUUGUCACAAUUACAAGGUGUUUUUUAUUAUUUAUUUUUUUAAUAUGUGCCAAACAUUACAAGAAGUUAUUGUACGAAAUCCAUGUAUCUGCACCAAAAAAAAAAAAAAUAACAGAAUCUAAUCAUGAACUGCAUAGGAAAGUGAACCAGUUGUGUGCAGACUUUAUAAAAUGCAAAAAUCAUGAACUUUUUGUAACAACUUAAUAUAGACUCAUUCAAAAAGAUUUUUUACAAGAUAUACAAAUUUCUUCAAAUUUGUUUUGUAAAAUGAUAAAAUUAUGCAAAGGAAUGAUAGUCAUUCUUUUCACUGUAUUAUUUAAAGAAAAAUGAUGAGAAGUAGGUGGGAUGAUUUCCAUUUAUUUUUAUUUUUAUUUACAAUCAUGUUAACAGUGUUAGAAAACUACAAAUCAUGUGAAAGGUUGUAAAAUUUACAGAUAUAUAUGAACAGUUAUAUUAAAAACAAUAGUAUUCAAGUAGUCUAUAUUGAUUUGGUUUAGUAACACUGAUAGUAUACAUGUUAUAUACUAUAAAAAGAUUUUAUCUAUAUAUGUAAGUUAUACAGUGAAUAUUUUGUGAAUGUAAAAUAUCUUAUUAAUGAAUAUUUUGUCUGACAGUAUUUUCAACAUGAUGAUAGUUUUAAAAAAAAGGUCUUAUUAAAGUACAUCAUUAUGAAUAAAAUGAAGCCCCUAAAUUUAAAAUAAAAUUUAUAAUAAAUUUCACUAUCUGUAUAUAGUUUAUAUUAAAGCAAAACUCAAAUUUUCAAAAUAAAACAAGCAUUAUUAAUAAUGAGUCUGCCUUGAAUAAGAGCCUUGAUAUUUCUUUCAAAAUUUUAACAAAAGGAAAUGUGGAUUAAAAGUCAAUGAAAAAGCAACAACCCAUUGACAAAAAUAAUCAAAAGACUUCUGAAGGUAAGCAUAAAACAAAAUUGAUCCUCGAUGUGAGAUACAAAUAAGUCCCAUAACAGAAACUGUCUGGUUAAAGGAGAAAUUGCCCUUUAAUGGUGACUUUUUGAAUCUUUAGGUUUUUUUUUAAAUAUAUUCUGAUUUGAUAAGCAAUCAAAUUUAAUCAUUUUAGUAUAAAGUAUUGUGAUGGUUUGAAAAUUUUCAUGGAAAAUAUUUGUUUUAUCCUGAAUGUUGCUCAAAUAAAUAAUGUCAUUCAGACACUGAAGAGCAAAAAUUAUUUAAUGGCCUUAAUUUCACUUGAAUGCACUUAAGAAGCUGUGUAUUUGAAAAAAGAUAUAGGCUGUAUAUUUGAAAACAAAAAAAUUCACAAUAAAGGGGAAAAUGAAUAUCUUAAUGGCAUCUUUUCGCCAUUGGAGCAAAUUCAGACUCUUAAUAGCUUCUUGUAUCUUUGACUUGUGAAUUCUGUUAACUAAAGAUGUAAAGUAAUUGUGAUAAUUAUCAUAGGAAAAUAGAAAUAUCUAUAGUUGAAUGGUUAAAAUUUUAUGAAAUCGGAUGAUAAAAUAUAUUUUAACUAGUUAUCAGUCAUCACUCAAUUUUCAUGAAAUUACAUUUUUAUUAGAAUAUCACUGAAGUGGUGUAAAAGGUUCAAUCUUGUCUGCAUACCGUAAUUAUGUUAUCCAAGCAAUAAUUGAAAUACAUUUGUAUUUACCUAAAUUUCAUCUAAUAUUUCUAAUUUAAUUGAUCAUUUUAAUAGUAAAUGUUCAUAAAUCUAUUUAAAACUACUAAUCAGUGUUGAUAACAUCUUCAUUAGUGUUAAACAUUUAUUUUAUUUUUUAUUCUAUGGUUUAUUUGUUUGAAUAUUUGUUCAGUUUCAAAAAAUUAAACUGCAGUAAUAAAAAUGAAUAGUAUACAACAGCACACAUUACUGGAUAGUGAGUUAUAUUUGUUAGUAUGCAAUUUAACAUUUCUGUUGCAUAACCUUUAUUUAAAGAAUUGAUACCAGCUACAUUUAGUGUUUUGGAAGUCCAUCUUUGAAUAUGAUUAUAAAUUAUGCUUACAAUUUACCCAUAGGAAUGAAAGAUUUUGUUCCCAUUUAACUCUACAAUUUUAUUUUGUCAGACCCAUAUAAACUAGAGUUGUGUUGGAAAGAUAUUUUUUUCCAGAUAUUCGCCUGAAAUGAAAUGUUCAAAACUUUAAAGGAAUUGUGGUUGUACUUCUUAUAAAUGGGUAUCUUUACAUAUUUAUUUGAGUAAGUGAUAGCUUUAUAAUAGUUUAUACUCUAGUAAAAAGUUAUUUUAUUUGACUUAAUUAUAAAUCUAACACAGUUGAGUAACAACAGGGUUAUACAAUUUACAACAAGAACUAACAAAAUUUCCACCAGAUUAUUAACUUUUAAAUUUCUUGAGAAGUCCAGGAAAACUGUUUGAAACCUUUGCUAAGAUUCAAAUGUACAUUGUAUUUGAAUUUUAUGGGUUUUAUGCCCCCGCCGUAGCGGAGGGGGCUUUAAGUUUUACCCUUGUCCGUCUGUACCUCUGUCUGUCCGUCCGUACGUCCCAAAGUUGGUUUCUGUUCUCUAACUUUAGUUUGCCUCAACCAUAUGUUAUGAAACUUAUACACAAUGCUUAUUACCACAAAACACAGAUCAAGUUUGAAUUUUGGUGGGGUCACUUUAACCGUUCUAGAGUUAUGCCCCUUUACAAAUGGAAAAAUUGCUGAAUUUUUCGUUUCUGUUCUCUUACUUAAGUUAGCCUCAACCAAAUGUUAUGAGACUUAUACACAAUACUGAUUACCACAAAACUCAGAUCAAGUACAAAUUUGGGUAGCAUCACUUUUACCGUUCUUCAGUUAUGUCCCUUUAUAACUUUAUUUGAUAUGCAAGCGGGGGCAUCAUCUGUGUCCCAUGGACACAUUCCCCAUUUAUUUUAAGAUUAUUUUUUUUGUUUAAUUAUUCUCUUGAAAUAUUCCAUAUGUUAAAAUCAUGUAUUUGUUAUAAACUGAAUAUCAUGUAUUGAUAAUAAACUGCAAUUUUGUUUUAUAUAAAA